AUGUCGAUAUCACCACAAAUCACGCUGGCCAUGGCCAUUUCACCCACUAGCAUGAUACUUGUAUCGGCACUAGCUGUUGUCGCAUACUCGAUAUUGCUGGCUGUGUACCGCCUCUACUUUCACCCCCUCAGACACAUCCCGGGGCCCAAACUGGCCGCGGUCACUAGCUGGUACGAGUUCUACUACGACGUGAUCGGGCAAGGGACGUUUUGCUGGGAGAUAAAACGGAUGCAUGAUGCAUAUGGUCCCAUUGUUCGCAUCAACCCUCAUGAGGUCCACAUCCUCGACACAAGUUUUUACGAUGAGAUAUACGCACCAGCUUCCAAAAAGCGAGACAAAUACGCGGCUUGGGUCGUGUUCCUAGGCGUACCGACUGGUGUUUUUGCGACCUGUUCUCAUGACCACCACCGCAUUCGGCGAAAAGCCUUGAACGUGUCAUUCUCCAAGAAGGCUAUUUACGAAAUUGAGGAUUUGAUUCAAGGAAAAAUUAACACUUUAUGUGGUCGCUUUAGGGAUAUUGCACACAGUAAGAAGGUUGUACGCCUUGAUGCCGCAUUCUUCGCCCUUGCAAACGACGUCGUCACGGAGUAUAGCUUCGGCGAAAGCUACAGCUGUCUCACCAAAGAUGACUUCCAACAACACUUUAAAGAUGUUCUUUUGAGUGGCGUAGAAGCAGCCGCCUUUAUCAGACAGUUUCCUUGGGUCGUUGGCAUUGUGAGAUGCAUCCCCCUCUUUAUAUUGUCGCGAAUAAGCAGCACAUUUGCUGGUCUCUUGAAUUGGGAGGCCAUCGUCCACAAGAGGGUCGAGACGUUGGUCAAGGCGAAAUCGGACAACAAAUCAAGCAUGGGAUCAUCAGUUUUCACAACCUUGCUUAGCAGUGACUUGCCUAUCGAAGAAAAGUCUUAUCAGCGACUAAUUGAUGAAGGCAAAUCACUCAUGGGUGCGGGCAGUGAGACAACGUCAUGGACGCUAACGUUGCUCGUGUGGUACGUGAUGCGAGACCCAGACAUACUUGCCAGCUUAAGAUACGAUUUACGGGAUAUGCCCUCUGGGUCGGGUGAGGCGUCUCUGCUGAAAUGGCUCGAGCAGAGGAAGUAUCUCACCGCCGUGGUUAAUGAAGCCCUGCGACUAAAUCAUGGCGCUGUCGGUCGCCUGCCACGCAUUUCCCACGAUCCAAUGCAUUAUGGCACCUGGGUUAUUCCUUCAGGGACUCCAGUAAGUUCAUCAAACUACUGGGUUCACAUGGAUGAGGCUAUUUUCCCGAACCCUGAAAAGUUCUCUCCCGAGAGAUGGCUUGAGGCCGAGAGGGAUGGUUUCCCUCUGCAGAAGUACAUGGUAUCAUUUUCGAAGGGCAGCCGCCAGUGUGUAGGCCAAACUCUAGCAACGGCCGAAUUAUACUUGACAGUGGCCGCAGUGGUCACCGGCUUUGAUGUUGAGUUUACCAACACCACAGAGCGAGACAUCUUACCAGCUCGAGACUGCUUCAUCCCAAGGCCUGCCAUUGAUUCAACAGGAGUUUUUGCUAAGAUAUUUGAUCGCAGACGCACAGAAUGA